GGCUGCGCGUGCGCAGCGCCGGGACGCGCCCCUGGCGGCCGUUAAAAAUGGCGACCGUCACCGAGCUGAAGGCUGUUUUAAAGGACACCUUGGAAAAAAGAGGAGUCUUAGGGCAUUUAAAAGCGAGAAUUCGAGCCGAAGUUUUCAAAGCCCUAGAUGAUGAAAGUGAACCCCGACCAACAUUGUCUCAUGAAAACCUUCUUAUUAAUGAAUUAAUCCGGGAGUAUUUGGAAUUCAACAAAUAUAAGUAUACAUCAUCUGUUCUCAUAGCAGAAUCUGGUCAACCUGUAGUUCCACUGGACCGGCAGUUUCUCAUCCGAGAACUAAAUGCAUUUGAAGAAUCAAAGGAUAAUACAAUACCUCUUUUAUAUGGGAUUUUAGCUCACUUCUUGCAUGGAACUAAGGAUGGCAUCCAACAUACAUUCCUGAAAGGAUCUUCACUUCAGCCUCUAAACGCAAAUCCUGGUAGACAACCUAGUGGAAGAGAGCAAAUGGAUGACCAUCUAAUAAAAGAGAAGGGGAAAAAUACUAAUAUUGAAGAUCUUCAUAUUUCUCAAAACGUGAAGAGAUGACAUUUCCAUUUGGGGCAUCUUUUAUCUUAAAAUUAUCAUUUUGGCUUCUACUGGAAGAUUUAAUUAAAAUCUAGAGGGGGAACUAAUUCUUUUAAUUUUGCUGUAAGUAAAACAAAGAGUUUAUUUGAUUACAUGAAGAAUGUGGAAUCAGCAUGAAGAGACAGGCUUUAGGAGAAAACCAGAAAGUACCUUUUAAAAGAUGGCAUUGUCUAACCUCCAUGUGGCCUUCAGUUGUGCAAUUAUAAGAUGAGCUAUGACAGGGCCAACCCCUAAUUAUUUGGGCUCUGAAAGUCUUAUUAAAUGUCAAUUUUUAUUCUUCGGAUAGAAAAACAGUAAGAGCUAUCCUAGUGCUAUCUCUAAAAUGCUGCUUUGAUAUUUAUUAAGAUAUUUUUAUAAUGUGGAAUCUACAGAUUGAUUUCACUGAAAUCUGUUACAGUAGACAGCACCUGACUGGCAAAAGUCAUUGAUACAUUCAGAGCACAACUGCAUUGGCGCUGUAUACUGACAACAUUUAGCUUAAACGUCUCCCACAGGGAAAGUGAUAAGGGCUUAAUUGGCAAAAUUGGCCUCUGGAAAUUAUUGAAACGUCAUAAUAUAUUUGGUACUAGUCAGUGUUUAGUCCUUACAGAUUAACCAGGAAUUUUUAUCUGAAUACAGAAAAUUAUUAAAGAAAUCCCCUUAAACUAUACAAGUCAAAGGAUUUUAAGAAUCCCUAUUGGUGGCCUAAAGUUACAUAUAUAGGUGUAGAAAUACUGUAAGGUCAUUUCAAUUUUUUAAACAUAUGUUUUUAUUGAUUUUUAGUUAGAGGGAAAGGGAGAGAGAGAGAAAGAUAGAAACAUCGAUGAGAGAAAAACAUCUAUCAGCUGCCUUCCACACACACCCCUACCGGGGAUUGAGCCUCCAACCUGGGCAUGUGCCCUGAUUGGAAGUGUGACCUCCUGGUCCAUGGGUCGAUGCUCAAUCCAUUGAGACACACCAGCCGGGCUCAUUUCCAUUUUUUUAGUGAAAUCUGUAGUAUCUGAUUAUAAUUGUGAAUUAUAAUGUAUGUGGGACUAUAAAUAUCUGAAUUUUUCUCAGAGGAUUUGGUUUACAUACAAAGAUGUUAGCAGAGACACUAAGUUUAUCUCAGGAAUUGCAAUCAUCAUAAAGAACUAGAUUAAGAAAAAAUGCUGGAGUUUAGCAUUUUAGAUACUGAUGUAAAAUUAUCAAAAUAGAAGCUAAAUGGAAUUGUCACAUGUAGUUCAUUGUGUAUUUAUAUGCAUUAUUCUGUAACUUGUUUGUACCUAGGCAACUUUUAUACUUUCAAUGUAUCAUUUAAUAAAAAAAAAAAUUAAACAACUCA